CCCACCCUACCAGGCCCCUUUCCUUCUGGCUGCUGCGGUCGUUCCUCCCUUUCCUCGCGGUGCCACCGGAGUCACAGAUGCCAGGAAGUAUGGCCCCCUUCAAGAAGUCUCGAAAUACCACAAGGGUGCCUCUGGCUUUAAACCCCCUGAAGAGCAAGGACGUGUUGGCAGUGCUGGCUGAGAGGAACCAGGCUAUAAUGCCAGUUGGGGCAUGGGUGGAACCUGCCUUGCCAGAUAGUUCGGAAGUCCCAGCAUAUACUUCAGCAUAUAUGAUUGAAGAAGAACUAAAGGAACAGCUAAGAAAAAAACAAGAAGCUCUGAAGCAUUUUCAGAGACAAGUCAAACACCGAAUAAAUCAGCAAAUCAGGCUGAGAAAAAAGCAACAGUUUCAGAGAUCUUAUGAAGCAGCAGAAAAAGAAGGCUCUAUAGCCAUGCAGUCUUCAGAUCCAGCACAUUUAACUCCUAAAAGAACAAGUGUUUUUCCAAGCAACUUGAAUGCUGCUAUUGGAAGUGCUAGGUUACCUCCUUCCCAGAUGCUUGGGGAUGGAAUGGACGAUAGAGAGAAUCAGAAUGAAUUAUUCCAACAACAAGCCCAGGCUCUUAGUCAAACCAUGAAACAGGCCCGUCACCGGCUGGCAUCCUUUAAGACUGUGAAUAAAAAAAAUGAGUCACUGUUUCCAGAUGGUAGAAGGAAAACCUUUCCCCCUCAAGAGGAACCUGACUCUGAGGAAUCUUCAUCUGUUAUGAUAGAUAAGAAAGGGACAGAAAAUUUGUUUUGGGGAGACCAGCAGGAUCUCCUUUCUGAAGACAGGGAUAAACCUUUCAGCAGAGUUCAGAAAGUACGGUUCAAAAAUCCACUAUUUGCUGUGAUGAAAGAGGAAGAGCAAAAGCAAUUAGAUCUUCAAGGCCUUCAGAAUAUUUUUCCAGAAGCCCAGGAUUAUCUUCCAGAAGCCCAAGGUGAUCUGCUGGAAACCCAGGGUGAUUUGACAGGAAUCCAGAGUGUUGAGCUAGAAGCUGAGAGUAUUGAGCCAGAAGCCAAGAGUGGUGAGCCAAGACUCAAUACUCUGGCUAUUGAGCCGGAAAGCCAAGCUGUUGAGCCCGAAGCCCAGGCCAUUGAGCCUAAAGCCCAGGCUGUUAAGAUAAAAACUCAGGGUAUUAUGCCAGAAGCCCAGAAUAUUGAACUAGAUGAUGGGAGUAUUGUGUCUAAAGUCCAGGAUUUGCUACCCAAAGAACAGUGUGUUCUUCCCAAAGACCAGAAUAUUCUACCCAGAUGUCAGGACCAGGACUUUCUACUUAAAGACCAGGAUUUUCUACCCAAAGACCAGGAUAUUCUACCUGAAUGUCAGGACCAGCAUUUUCCAUCCAGAGACCAGCAUGUUCUCCCUGAGGACCAGAAUAUUCAAUCCACAUUUCAGGACCAAGAUUUUCUACCCAAAGACCAGCAUCAGCAUUUUCUACCCAGAGAUCAGGAAGCAAAUUUGAAGCAGCCAGCAUCAAUUUUGAUAGGCCCAAGAGGGAGAGAGGCGUUUCCUCUGGAUGUCCAUCAGGAUCUUCUACCCAGGCAUCAAGAUCAGACCUCCACCAGGGACAAGAAAAUACGCUUCAAGGAGUCACAUUCUGAUAUGUCAAGUGAGAAAGGGAGAGAAGACUAUUUUCUGGCAGGUUAUCAGUAUCUGCCUCCUAAACUCCAGGACCAGACCUUCAUCAGAGAUCAGAGCAAGUAUAUCAAGCAACCCUCAUCUUGUGAGAAAUGGGAGAUUGAAAGAAGAAUUGCUUCUGAAGUGCCAUCGCACAGGAACCAUGGGCAGGCCUUUCGUAACAUGACAGAUAAGAGAUGGAGAAAGGAGUUAUUUCCGGAGCACCACAAAUAUGAUUUACAUGAUAUCCAGGAUCCAGGUUCAGCAGGAGAGCAGAGCUUAUACUUCAGGCAGCAGCCGUCUAUUGGGACAGCUGAAAGAUGGCAAGAGGAUUUGCUUCUGGACGACCAGCAGCAUCUGCCAGCCAAGCACCAGACAGAGGCUUCCAGCAGAAGACAGGUUUAUGAUGGCUAUCAAUCAAAAUUGAACACUGAAUUCCAAAUUCCACUGACACUCCAAUCUGGAGUAGAUCAUGAAGAAGACAAGAAAGAGCGUCAAAAGCAAUACCUGAGAUAUAGACGACUUUUCAUGGAUAUUGAGAGAGAACAAGUAAAAGAACAACAAAGACAAAAAGAACAUCAGAAGAAAGUUGAAAAGUAA